AACAAUGCAGUUAAGGACGUGCAGUUGAUUUUCGCUCUGGCUGCAAUUGGUGCAGCGGUGAAGAAGAUUUGUACCGACAUUCGCGUUCUACAAGCUAUGGGUGAACUUCUCGAACCCUUUGAGAAGGAUCAGAUAGGGUCUUCCGCUAUGCCUUACAAGAAAAAUCCAAUGAAAAGUGAACGAUGCUGUUCGCUAGCCAGGAAACUUAUACAUGCUCCGCAGGAGGCACUGAAUAUAUUGAGCGAUCAGGGCCUAGAACGAACUUUGGACGAUUCAGCCAACCGCCGAAUGCUCAUACCGGAUUCAGUACUCACUACAGAGGCUAUGCUGUCAACACUACAGAACAUCUUCGAGGGACUUACUGUGCAGACAGAAAACGUUGCGCGAAUUGUGCGUGAAGAACUACCAUUCCUUGGGCUGGAAAAAGCGAUGAUGUGGCUGACAGAAGAAGGUGUCGACAGGCAGAAGGCCCACGCAGUAAUUCGUGAAACAGCCCUUGAAGCUAAGAAAAAGCAGGCCACUGAAGUUGUUCAUAUGGAGGAUAUCCUGAAAGAUCCAUUCUUUGACUCGGUCCGAGACCGUGUGAUGGCAUUGGUAGACGAGCCGAUUCGUUUUACUGGUCGAUGUGAAUCGCAAACAAUGCGCUUCAUUAAUGAAGAGUUACGUCCUGCCAUUGAAAGACAUUUCGAUUCUGGAGCGGCAUGCAUGCAGCUCGAUGUGUAG